CGCAGUCAGAGAAUCUAGCAACUUUACUGCAACGCUAGUCCCUGUAAUAAGACAGCUCGCAUCUGUAGCAAAAGCAGAUUGUAUCAUCAUCAGAAUCCAGCAAUUUUAGUUCUGAGUACCUGAAAACUUCUUUCUCUUACUCUUGCUAUCCCAAAAACAACUACUAGCAUGCCAGUCACUUUCACUUUGGCAGGCCAUCAAGCCACGGACUGGACAAAAGCGAAAACCAAAUCAAGCGACGCGCUAUUCGCGGCAUCUUGUUCGAGAGAUUCCAACGAAAGUCAGAAACUCAUCCAGAGUUCUGUUUCGCGCCGCGACUUUCGCAAAAGGCACAUCAGCCCUUCGAGCAAUGGACUGAUUUGGGCCGUCUUUAAUGCAUACAGCAAACACCACCACCUCGUUCUCCGACCAGAGGACAUCUGGCUCGCCAUCCUAUGUCAAAUGAGCUUCUUCAUCAAUGCCAACGCAGAGGAACUGCGUGACUACUUCGUAUCUCACCAGGGGCGCAAAGAACUCGUGGUCGAAGACGUGGGAAGCAUGGAGCACGCCGAUUUCGGGGUGCUGGCGUGUCGCAUGACGGAUCUGAUUCAGGAUAACGUCAAGGAACCCCGUCUGAGCGAGUGGAUCAUGCCUUCGUUCAGCACCACCACCGACUGCGAUCGUACCGUGGCUGCCAUCCUCAUGAUGGGCUCUAUGCAGAAGUACUUCAGCUUCAUGAUGUGUAGCGACUGCGGCAUUCCGUCUGUGACGUUGCUCGGCGAGCGAAAAGACUGGGAGAACAUCUUGUACAGGCUGGAGUAUCUGUCUGAGCUGGGCACAGAGCCGGAUACGUUUGCAAACCUGCUCAAGCCAAUUCUCCGUGGGUUUGUGGCGUCGUUCGACGCUCAGCGGUCAGAGGCGAACAAUAGGUUCUGGGGCAAGAUGGUGCAUCGUGAAAGCAUGAUGAGUGGUCAGGACUACUUUUCGGGCUGGAUUACAGCGUUCGGCUAUUGGAGUGAGGAUGGCAAGGCAUCGUACAUACACACGGCGAUUCCGGACAGGAGAGAUGAGGUAGACGAGCGCGAGUAUGGAUGUGUGCUAGAAGACGUCAGGUACCCGUGCAUUGACACAGAUUCGGUUCCUGCUGGUUUCGCGUCUGUGCCAGUCACUGUCAAUAACAACGGGGAGAUCUGGAAUACCAAGAUGGUCGCAGGAUCCAUCGGAAUCGAGGCCAAGCGCAGCGAUGGACAGGCGAUCGACGAAGCCAUCUACCACAAUGUGGAAGAAAGCGGGCCUGUCGAAAGGGAAUCACGGAGGAGAAGGCGAGGUGAAUAUGCUGGUCUGGACACCGUUCAGCCGUUGACGGGGUGGUUCAUGCAUGAUGUCGGCACCUCAGUAUAGUAAUUUCUGUCCUCUUCAGUUCUUGUAUAGCGGUUGGGAAAGUCAUCACGAGCUCGGGCUAAUCGCUCUUUGUACACAGGGUAAUUGUUGUGAUUGACCCAAUCGUCCCAUCCUUGGUAUGCGCCAAUCUCCGUCAGAACCUCAUGCAUUAGCUCCACAUCCUCGCUCCAACUCGCCUCAAUAUAUUGCUGCUGGGUCCUAUCUUUGAAAUUAUAAG